UUCCACUUGUUCCCACUGCCACGGAUAGGAAUGCUAAUUACAUUUUUGUUGGGAGGAGGGGAAAAUCCCUGCCUCGGUUGACAUAAACAACUUAACGAUAACAACUACUGUUUAUUGUUUUAAGCAUAUGCUGUUCGUUCUUUCUAAUGAAGACGAACAGCAUAUUAAAGUUUAACGUUCCUAACGUGGAAACUUCCUAACGGUUUUUUUACGUUAAUUUUCGCGGAUAUGCUUUAACUUUGAAAGGGUGUGACGGAAGUGACUUUCAUCUCGUACGUCUUCUUUGACUCGUGCCUGUAUUACUAGUAGGAGUCGUCGUCGCCAGAUCCUUCAAUAGAAACAGGAGCGUACGUUGACGUCGCCGCCAUACUGGAUGUGUCCUAAAGCGAGAAGUUAAUGGCGGUUUCCUGUGCUGUUUUGGUGGCGUAGCAACCGUUUCCACAAUCAAAACAUCAUUUUAUCAGUGUGCGGCUUGCUGCGGCGGUGGUGGAGUCGCUUCACAAAUCCUGUCGUCACUGGGAUGCGGUUGCUGCCUCACCGAACAGGACCGAAGAUGACCGCAGCGCCUCUUGAACCGCGUUUCCUGGUCUUGUUUGACUUUGACGAGACCCUGGUGAACGAGAACAGCGACGACGCCGUCUUGCAAGCUCUUCCAGGCCAGCGGCUUCCCGACUGGCUGAAGAACAGCUACCGCGAGGGCCACUACAACGAGCACAUGCAGCAGAUUCUGGCUUACAUGGCCGAGCAGGGCGUGUCUCGCGACGCCAUCCGCUCUGCCGUGGAGAGCAUCCCGCCCACGCCCGGCACCUUGGCGCUGCUUCAAUUCCUCCAAAGCCGCCAGCCCGACUUUGAGCUGGCGGUGAUCUCGGACGCCAACAUGUACUUCAUCGACACCUGGCUGAAGCACACGGGGGUGCGCCACAUCUUCCGCAGGGUCUUCACCAACCCGGCCAGCUUCGAUGACGGCGACCGCCUGGUGCUCCUCCCGUUCCACUCCCACUCUUGUACGCGAUGCCCCGACAACAUGUGUAAGCAAGUGAUCCUUAGGGAAUACUUGGCCCAGAGGCAAAGAGAGCGUGACGUGCCGUUCCAGCGUGUGUUUUACGUCGGGGACGGCGCCAACGACGUGUGCCCCUCGCUGGCCCUGGGGCCCCGGGACACUGUCUUUCCAAGGAAGGACUUCCCCAUGCACAGGCUCCUCCGGUCUGAGGGAGCCAGGUUCAAGGCCAACGUGGUUCCCUGGAGUAGCGGCGAAGACGUCAUGGACUUUCUGAAGAAAAUCAUAGAGGAAAGAUGAUAACUGAAGAAACUAAUACGGCAAGUGUAACAAAAGGUGCUCUAAUCCCAUAGUGUAGAUCAUACUUCUGUAUAAAUAUUCUAAAUAUUUGCAUUUGUAAGAAAGAAAACUUCUACCAGCGUUCUCAAACUGCCAUCUGAGUUUGGACACUUUCUCUAGCAAAAUCAAACUCUAAACAAAACACACACAAAAAAUUCAUACAUAAACUAUUGGGUGAUUCAAAUAUUGAUGUUAAAACAUUUUGAACAUCUGGAAAAAUUCAGUGAAUCACAUGCUCAAAUGAACAUACAACAUCGAUUUCAUGGUUAUUAUUACUUCAGAUUUUAUGCCAAACGUUAUUCAGUAAGAAACUGAAAAUCAAAAUCACAUUUCUUAAGCAAAUUCCCAUAAAAGCAAAUAACUAGGAAGAAAUCCCACUCAUAAAAAUCUGUAAACAGCUGAGUCUGUAAAACAACCGCAAAUAUGCAGGGGUUCAUCAUUAUCAACGUGGUGUUCUUUUAAUCUUAAACCGUGAUUGACAUCGAAUGAGUUGCAUCGCUCAGCUACAUUAUAUUGCUAAUGUUAGCUAUCAGGUUGUUUAUCGCACAAGCUACCAAAAUUGGGAACAUGAUACCAGAGGUGGGUAGAGUAGCCCAAAAGUUUACUUAUGUAAGGGUAGCAUUAUUUCAAAAUAAUAUUACAAAGUAAAAGUAGUCAUCCAAAAAAAUGUACUCAAGUACAACUAAAAAAGUAUUUUGUCAGAAUAAUAAUCAAUUAAAGAGUAACAUUGUGAGUUAAUGCUUACGCUGUUUGAUUUUUGGUAUUGUUUUUCUCAGCACAAAGUUGUCUAUAUGACUACUACUACUACUACUAAAACAAGGAAUUACAAAAAAAAAAAAAAAUAUUGAAUUCUUGCGAGAGAAAAAAAAUCUACAUUAAGCAUUAUUCAUCCAAAGAGCAUGAGGGCCAUCUAGUGGCGAAAACAUUUUCCAUUAUGAAACUAAAAGGCAGUGCUCUGUGUCAGAUAUUCCAUUUUUUACGGUGCUCUAAAGACGCCAUGUGAUUAAACAGGCUGGUGUGAUCAUAGAACAGCAAACUUGAGUCUGAUUCGUAUAAUGGAGUCAUGUGAUUAAUGUUGUGAUGUCUCAUUGGUGAAACUGGUAGAGCCACAGUUGUUGUCUCUGGAAAAAAAGUAAAAAUCUAAUAUAAAGAUGAAAGAGGAAAAAUGUAACGACUAGGGUAGCCCAAAAGUAGUGGUGUAAGAGUAGCGGAUCUUCACAAAUCUACUCAACUAAAAGUAAAAAGUAUGGCUUUGGAAAACUACUCUUAGAAGUAGGGGUGUGACAAAAAAUCGAAAUGGUGAUAUAUUGUGAUACUUUGUAUCCCAAAAGGUUAUCGAUAUGCUCCUGUCAAGAAUCGAGAUAUCGUUUUAAAAAGGUGUCAAUAAAAAAAAAAAUAGCUGCCAUUGACGGUGCUCGACGCCCAAUCCAUUUAGACUGAAAACGUUCGUUCAUUCAAAACCAGAGCAUCCACAGUCAUUCGGUUCGAUUUUCGGGGCAUUUACAGGUCACUUGCUGUUCAUUUUAGGGAAUUUACAGGUCAUUUCCUGUUGAGUUUGAGUCACUGCCUAUUCAUUUGGGUGAUUCUCAGGUCACUUCCUGUUCUGUAACGCAAAAUAAACAGCAAGUGACCCAUAAUGUACCUCAAAAUCAACAGGAAGUAACUGAAAAUCAACAGGUAAAUGACCUUAAAUGGCCCAAAAUUACUCAUUGCCUGGCACUGGCUGCCACUGACGGCCAUAGACGUUCAAUCCGUUUGAAAUGGGAGGGAUGGCAGCGAAUGAACGAAUGUUCAUUCGCUGCCACCCUCCCAGUUCAAAUGGAUUGGACGUCUACUAGUGAUGAACUCAUUCCAAUUCACAGCAAAAGCUUCUUUUUCUGUUUAUUAGUUUUUUGUAGAAUAUCCUAGAAUUAUUUCCUGACCAAUGUAUCAAAAAUCGUUGUAUCGCUUUAUCGUCAGAUCAUCGUUAUCGUGAGCUUUGUAUCGCAAAUCGUAUCGUAUCGUAAGGUACCAAGAGGUUCCCACUCCUACUUAGAAGUACAUUUUUCUCAAAAAGUUACUCAAGUAAAUGUAACGCCUUACUACCCACCUCUGCGUAAUACACAAAUACAGGCCACCAAGGGAAUCCGAUCCCUCGGUAAAUAGUUAUUUUCUACCCCAGAAUUGGUGGAGGUUACAUUUACAGUGGGGCAAAUAAGUAUUUAGUCAACCACUAAUUGUGCAAUUUCUCCCACUUGAAAAUAUUAG